AGGCGUCCGCAUGGCUGCUGGUCGCCGCGGCGGUGGCCCUGCCCGACCUGGUCGCCGGGGUGGGGACGCGCGGCGCCCUGGCCACGGACGCGGAGUCGCGCGAGGCCGGCCUCCACGACCAGAUGCGCGACAUGAUGGCCGACGACGACGACGACGACUACGACAACGUCGCGCCGGGCGGCCCGCGGCGUGGCGCGAGGCUCCUGCAGGUCGGGAGCGGCGCCCGCGCGGAGGAGGUCGCGGGCCUGCGCGACUCGGCGGCGGCGCUGUCCGCGGCGCUGGGCCCGCAGUGGAACGGCGACCGGCUCGAGGCUGACGCCAAGCAGAAGACCGACGCGCUGCUCCAGGGGAUUGCAGGUCACAAGGCGUUCGGCGCCCUGAACAACAUGCUGAACAUGCUGCGGUGACGCGGGCCUGGCCCGAAUGCACCCCAGCGCCUCAUUCCAAGCCCAGUGAGCAAACGCGUGCCCGUCUGCUUUCGAAUGCUGUCGGUGAUGGGCCCGUGCCCCUUCGCUGUCAGAACGGUCUCGCGCCGUGCAGCCCAGCACGGGGUCGAAUGCGUCGGCGAGCCUCUCUGGGCGAGCUGAGAGCGGAAGCGAAUCCCCACUCGGCGCUUCUCCUGGAAGCGCGGUGACGGUACCCCACAUUUGCGCUGCAGCGGACGACGGAGGAGCAGAUGUGGGAAUACAAUACGAUGCGAUUUGCCAGGUUUCCUCCACGCUCGCGAG